UGGUGAGCUUUUAGUCACCAGAGAAUAAUAUAGAACGAUGGAACAUACAGGAAGGAAAAAACUUAUAGAAUCUUGUUUUAGAGACUGCGUUCGUGGUGAUGUACUCAUUCUACAAUGCAUGGGAUUAUACUCAAUGGGUAAUAUUUUUGGGGAUGAUGAACCAGGGUGGUACUAUUGGGAAGUUAUAUCAUAUAGUAUUGGAUUGGCAAUAGUAACAUUUCCUGUUACGUGCGCUAUACGUAAUCUGCAACACUCCGCUCAAGUAAAUUUGAUGUUAACCAUUGAGGUGGCUGCAGCUUUAUUAACAGGUGUUUUAUCGGUGUUUAAAGGAUUUCGAAUAUUCUUCCGUCGAAAGGAGCUUUACCACAUAUUGAAAAGUUGCCAACGGCAAUGGAUGAUCCAAACCGCCCGGGAUGCCAUAACAGUGAGUGCCAUAGAAAAUGCUAAAAAUACACGGCUGCUCAGGAUGUGUUAUACUGUAGCUGUCAUCGGGACCCUUGAGUCUUACAACUUGCGUCCUUAUAUAUUAUACUUCAAAUUUCGUGUUUCUGAGACGAAUGAUUCCUUCGAUUUUUCACAAACUGUUUAUCCGGCUUAUUAUCCAUUCAUAUUGAAGUCAUUUACACAGUAUUUUGUGUUGGCCACUUUGGAGCACAUCAGCUUAUAUUUCUUCGCUCUCUGGUGGAUAUCAGUGGACUGUCUUUUUGCACAAUUUAACACAUAUUUGGCUAUUCAAUUCAACAUACUCGCCACUGACAUUCAUUGCAUAGAUUUAACUAGCAGAUCUGCAAGUCCAGUAAAUACAGCGAAAAUCGUGAAAGGAUUAAAGAGAAUUAUUCGCGAGCAUGUUAAAUUAUUUUCAUAUGUUCAUGCGGUAGAAGAGUGGUAUAAUCCAAUAAUUUUUGCUACUAUAUUACUCAAUGGACUGAACUUGUGCAGCCUACUUUACAGUUUUCAAUAUAGAAUUGCAGAUCAUAAUUGGAAGGACGCCAUAAAAAAUGCGACUCAUAUAAUUGCGAUAAUUAUACAAACUCUUCUUUAUUGUUCAUAUGCUCAGCGUUUAAGUGAUGAGGUUAAUGGGUUCCGCCAAGCGGUUUACGGAUGUUCGUGGAUAAACUUUAAUGUACCAACGAAGACCCUAAUCCUACUUUUAAUGAUUUACACCGAGCGUGAAUACACAUUCUCAGCGUACGGAUUGUUUUAUUUAAAUAUGCGUCAGGUCACUACGAUAUUCAGUACUGCAAUGCGAUUUUUCACAAUAUUACGCAAUCUUACCUAAGUAACAUGAAUGAGCUAUUUUAGAAAAAUGUUGAAGCAAUUAUGACGGUUGGGCCAACAGUAUUUAGCAAGACAACAAAAUUCUUCGCUUCUGGUCGUGUAGCUGAUCACCUUGGAAUGGUUUUUUCGGAUUAUUUUUAUUAAGAUUUUCUCUCUGUAUA